CUAUUCUCUCGUGCCCUCAUAGAAACCGCCACCGAUUCUCUCUCUACAAGGUACCCGCACCAGUUCUUCCUUUCGCCGCCGCUCGGGAGAAUCGACGCCGGAAAUUCGAAGAGAUCAUGAGCUAUUACAAUCAGAAUCAGCCUCCUGUUGGUGUUCCUCCUCCGCAGGGAUAUCCGCCGGAGGGUUAUCCGAAGGAUGCUUACCCUCCCCCUGGUUAUCCGCCGCAGGGGUAUCCUCCUCAGGGCGGCUAUCCGCCGCAGUAUGCUCCGCAAUACGGUCAACCGCCGCCGCAACAGCAGCAGUCCGGUGGUAGCGCCGGUUUUAUGGAAGGAUGCUUGGCUGCACUGUGCUGCUGUUGCCUGUUGGAUGCGUGCUUCUGAUGAAGAAGAGAUGGAUUGAUUUGAUUUAACGAACAAGAAGAAAUUGAAGGAAUUCGAUAACUCCUCUCCUCUCCUCUCCUCUCCUCCUUUUCAUUGCGGCAUUCAUGAGUAAACAAAACAACUGCUCUCAUCUUCUUGCUCUGUUCUAUAUUUGUAAUAUCUGUCGCUUUUUAAUAUGAAUUCCUCUCGGAUUUUUAUUUGUUGAUCGGAAUUUCCACUCUCGGUCAUCGAUCAGAGUUUGUUAUCUGCUUCAAAUUGGUGUGUAAAUUGUUGGAGAAUUCCUUGCUUUGCUUCUUGUCAAACCAUGUGCUAUUCACUCA